AUGGCUACCAUAUUCAUGAGGAUCACUUUUACCCUUCGGGUUACUGAAAUCCUUGUUGGAAUGGUAGCAAAUGGAUUUAUUGUCCUCAUCAAUUGCAUUGACUGGUUCAGAAGCAGGAAACUAUCCUCAAAUGACCUGAUCCUGACCUGUCUUGGCUUGUCCAGACUUGCAUGGCUGGUAAUCAUGAUUCUGGAGGGAAUGGAGAAUUUCUUUUCUCUGGGCAAUCGUGUUUGGAAUGACGCACAUCCAAUGCCUCCAAUCAUGUGGAUAUUUACAAACUCUGCCAACAUCUGGUUUGCCACCUGGCUCAGUGUUUUCUACUUGGCAAAGAUUGCCAUUUUCUCACAUCCCAUUUUCCUCCAAGUGAAGCAAAGAAUCUCUGCACUGGUGCCAUGGCUGCUUCUGGGCUCAGUCGUCUUCUCUGCUAUGACGGCUGUCAUUCUAAUGACAAGCUUGAACAAUGGUUUUUCCAUACGCAGUCCCGCCAAUGAUUCAGAAAGUAAAAAGCCUGGCUGCUCGAACUACGUGGGUAUUCUAACAGUAGCAACAAAUCUCAUUCCCUUUCUGAUAUUUCUGUCAUCGACCAUCUUAUUAAUAACCUCUCUGUGGAAGCACAUAAGGCACGUACAAUGCAAUGGAAUUGGUGUCAGGGAUCUCAACAUUCAAGUUCACUUGACUGCCAUCAAAGCUCUGGCUUCCUUCGCUGUUCUAUACCUGUCUAGUUUUCUAGCAAUCAUUUCGCAAGAAGUACUGAUCAAGAAUAACAUGGAUCACAGUUGGUCAGUGAGGCUGCUUGAUCUUGUGGUUGCCGCUUAUCCCGCUGGUCAUACUAUUAUCCUGAUAUUAAUUAAUCCCAAACUGAAACAGACAUGGGUCAGGAUGCUACAUCACGUAAAAUGCUGUGAAGGGCCAUCUUAA